AUGAAAGACGUGAAGGCAUUCGUGGUUAUUCAUCUUAAGAAGAUAUGUGUGGCUACUGUUAUCGGAAUUACUGUCAUAGCUGUGUAUAGGAGGUGCAAGAAGAAAAUUAAGAAAACUUAUCCAAAAGACACAGUAAUUCACCACACAAUUCCAAGAGGUCCAUUUGCCCCUAGUCUAACUCCGUUUGCUGUAAAACUGGAGACCUAUUUGAGGAUGGCAAAAAUUCCAUAUCAGAAUGAAUUCGACAGUGCUUUCAACAAAAGUUCCAAGGGAAAGUUGACCUGGAUUGAAUACAAUGGAGAGAAGGUGGCAGAUUCAGAAUUUUGUAUCAAGUUCAUUAAUAAAACACUCAACAUAGAUCUGGACAAAGAACUCACAGAUGAAGAAAAGGCCAUAGCUUAUUCUUUUCAAAAAGUGGCUGAGGAGUAUUUCUUCUGGGUACUAUUUGUACAACGUUAUGUGCACGACGAAGGAGAAGAAUUUUUUAAAUAUGUCAAGGUUCCUUGGAUAAUCAGAAUAAUUGGGAAACGUCGCGCAAUAGAACAAGCCCAUGCGCAAGGAAUAGGUCGCCAUUCUCAAGAGGAGGUCCGGACACUCAUUAUUGAAUGUCUUCAGCACUUCUCUUCUUUCUUAGGAAAGAAAAAGUUUUUGCUCGGAGAGAAGGCUUGUCAGGCGGACUGUGCUGUUUUCGGAAUUCUAUCCCAGGGUUACUGGCAUGGAUUUGAACCAUUUGUAGAAGAGGAAUUCAAAAAGUUUGAAAAUCUCUGUAAUUACUGUGAGAGGAUGAAGGCAGAAUUCUGGCCAGAUUGGGAUGACUGUAUUACACACGGUGGGACAACGAAGCCCACUAAAUGAAGGCGAAAGAUAGAGAAUGAGAGAAAUUUGUUUACAUAAUUUUUCUAACCAUGACACAAAAUUUACAUGUGAGUCAUUCAUCGUGCACACGGAAUAAUGCACAGUUCCAACAAAGGAGCAAGAAUCUAAACUAUAGUCCUAAGUGUCCUAAAUUUCAUAUUUAAAGUAGAUAGGGAAGAUCUGAAGAAUUUUAAAGAAUGCAGAUUUUUUCCCUUACGUUACAAGUAGAUGAUUUAUAUCAUUUUUUUUUAAAAAUAUAUGUCCAGUGUUUCAAAAAAUUGGUAAA